AUGAAAUUAACCAGUAGCGCUUCUGAACAAAAUGUUUAUUUUACAUACGUGUGUCUUGUCAACGAUAUCAAACCAAGUGGAAAUCUAGCAACCAACUAUAAAACUUGCGAAAAAUUAUCUGCUCACGCUGUUAAUGUUUCUUCAUCCCUGAGUGCAGAGGCAAAUCAAGAAGAGCAAACAAUUCAAGUAGAAAGAUCAAAAGCACUUCAUGAACUAUUGAAUAUUGAAUCUUAUAAGAAAACCGAUUUAGGGGAAGAAAUCGGAGAACAUAACGACGAUGAAUCAACCAAACAACCAACUACAUCAGGAGAAGAUAACGAGCAAACUGAGAACGAUGAAAAUAAUUUCCUCCCCUGCGACAACCCAAAUGUUUUAAAACUAACGAAAAUGAAGUGGCUCUCUGAAGAUCAGGAGGACGGUCACAAUUCUAGUUCGCCAUCGGUAUCGCCUGUUACAUCAAGUUCUAACUGCAGUAAAAUUUCUGACGAAGACCUCAAAGAAAGAAGUGAAAUGGAAGAUAAAUAUUUGUCGACCAUACUGCGGUUAGAUAAAGAACACAAUCUGUUUGGAUUGUCUAAUAUAGCCAUCGUUGGUGCCAAGCCAUCCAAGAUUAAACGUAAGGACGGUGAAAAGGCUGUGUUCCACCAAACAGCUAUAGUACAACUGUGCUGUGGCAAAAGUUGCUGCAAGAAUAAGUGUGGCGGUGGAUGUCGGGGCUGCUGCAUUGAUCCAUACUGCCCAAUAUGCAUGUCUCCUUGUAGCCAAGUUUGCUUGGAUGAACCAUCUUGUAUAACAUUGCCAUUGUGUGGCACUUGUCCAAGAGGAAGGUGUUCUUGCAAGAUCAAACUAAAUCGUAAACCGAAAUUCGACGAACCAGUUUUAGAAUUAACCCCACGUUCCAGUUGUAUUUUGCAAAAGCCAAUGGCUGCUAGGUCCUGCCACCAUCUACCGCAAUGCAUCCCACCGUCUUCUUGCUUUCCUUACCUGAUGCCGUGCUUCUGGCCAGCCCGACCUUCUGCUCCUUGUGCCACCCCAACUCAUUGCUUCCAUAAUCCUCCGUGUCCACCUGCCAGAAAACGACCGAGAGUUCCCGUACCUUCUGAAUACAUUUGCCCUACGAAAUGUGUGGAUGAAGCCAACAAGACCAAAUGCCCUAAUGAUCAAUGCCCAGGGAACAAUCCCCUAAUGAGAGCAAUUAUUGAAAAGAGGUUUGAAGAAAAGAAAGAAAUUGCGAAAUAA